AUGUCGUCUAUUGACAUCCUGUCCGCCUCGUCAUAUCCAUUUCCAGAAGUAUUAGGGCGGCGCAGUCCUCGUCGCGCAGAUUCCGGCAUUUUGUAUGGCGGCCUGACUCUGGUCCAAGACGACGGUACGAUGAAUCCGACAGAUGCGCGACGGCAGAAGAAGGCUUCGAAAAGGAAUACGACCAAAAAUAAAACCGAUAACAAUAGCAAUGAUGAUGGAAUCCUCAAGCGGAAACGAGGGCGCCCACGCGUGCUCGGCAAAGAUGAGAAUGCGGCAGAGCGUCGAAGGACACAAAUCCGCCUGGCUCAGCGGGCCUACCGAUCGCGAAAAGAAGCCACAAUUACAGUCCUCAGCGAGCGUCUCGCGGAGAUGGACGUCGCCAUUCAGGAGAUGAGCAAAUCAUUUGGCUCUUUCCGCGACGAGCUUAUCGGAUCCGGCUUGCUUUUGCAGCAUCAUAAGAUGCAGCAGAGUCUUCAAAGGCUCGUGGAGAAGUCAGACGCUCUCGUCAGUCUUUCUUCGGGCAGCGCUAGUAACAGUAGCAAAAGUUCUUCUGCCACCGAUGCGGAUGCCGAGGGCUUGGAGACUGCAAGUGCUUCUUCUCUACCGGAUGUUAUUGGAGCUGCUGCUAGCGGUGAUGGCUUGUUACCAACAGCCAUGGGAGACAGUUCGGACGAGUAUAAUGCCCUAUACGCUUCUACCACCACCGCCAACAACAACGUUGCUUUCGAAGGCGAGCCCCUACUUUAUCACAAUGCCGGCAUGGAAAUGAUAUCAUCCUCGUCUUCGUUACCAUCGCUAUCCCCUCAAAACCAGAAUCAUAUCCAACCGUCAUUGCCACACCACCUCCCCCUCCCAUCCAGCUACAGUUACCAAGAAUCGAGCUUUGUCCGUCGCUUGCGACGGCGCUAUGCGGAACAUGGCUUUCGCAUGCUUUCCGAUACCCGCAUGGAUCCCAGGGAUGUGUCGCGCAUGUUUCGCUUUUCCCUUGGAUUCCGCAAUUGCGAGACAAUGCUAGCUCGCUACUGUGCAAUUUUGAGCCGGUCGAAUGUUGAUGAUGCAACCUCUGGGACCGCAAGCUAUAACAACGGCAAUAUUGCCCAAAUAGCAAUUCCACCUAAUUAUCACGUCGGAAACGCCGGUACACAUUUCCCGCACAACCGUGGUCACUCCAAUUCCUCGGUAUCGACAUCAACAGCUGAGAUGUACCCAGUAUCCAAGUUCAUUGGCCCCUGGUCCUUCCAUUUUGCAGAUCUGCCACACAACAAGACGAGCGUCGAGGAGCUUCUGAUCUCCAAUGGAAUGGGCGGUGAAUGGUUCGAUCCGAAUGACGUGGAUGGCUAUCUGAAAGAAAUGGGGAUAUUGAUUGACGCUCACUCGACUUUCGUCGCUGUUCCGAGCGUCGAUACAAAUGCACAUUUGUCUGACAGCAGCAGCAGCAACAGUCCGGCAUCGUCGUUUCUGCCACAGUCCUCGUCGAAUCAGAUGCAUAUAGAUCCUUUCCUGGAUUCGUCAAUAACUGCAUCUGCGUCAGCGUCAGCGAAUCAGAAUGAGAAUACUGCAAUGCUGCAAUUCGCACCAUAUGACGUUGACUUAAACAUGGAUUUGGACCUGGACCUUCUCGCUCCUCUCAUGUCCUCUGAGAAACCUUCCCAACUUUCCGUAUCCGACUAUCCUCUCAACAUGGAGACUACACAAUCAUUCGAAGCAUCAUUUACUUCCGCCAAUAGUAAUACGACCGUCCAAAAACAAAACACCACCCGCAUUCUCGACGUAGAACACUUUCUCGACCGCCUCAUGAAGAAAGCCGUCUGUCUUGGCGAAAAGUCAGGAUACCGAAAACAAGAUAUUGACGAUUCUUUGCGGGGAGCUUGCUAUCCGAUGUUUUGA